CGACACACGACAGACAUUGAUAUGGCGACGAUGAAGAUGAUGCGCGCUCCUUCUUCCUGCUGUUGUCGUUCUUGUUUGACUGUUGUUGUUGUUGUGGCAGUGGUUGUGGCAGUGUCUGCGGCAUGCGUGCGGGUGUGUGAAGGGUCGUUCAUGCUUGAGGAUGCAGAGGGCGCAGUGCACGUGAACACAACGGACGGCGGGGCGCAGCAGCGCGUGCUGUUCAAUGGACAGGACGUUGUGGAGCGCCUGCAGCGCCUUGAACGGCAGGAAGCCGUGAUGGCAGCGCGCCUCUUGGCUGGGGUGUGUGCACUGGAGCCGAACCUGCACACGGUGGACACGACGAGCGUGCAGAUUGACGUGUCGGAGUACACGGAGCCCACGUUCAAGUGGCAGGGCGGCGUGCUUGCGCCCAACGGCAAGAUCUACGCGCCCCCAGUUGGACAGGGUGUCGGUUCCAUGCUCAUCCUGGACCCCGACACAAGCACGGUCGAUGUGACGACGCUCAGCGGCUGGCCAGAGGCCGUGGCGCUCACGCGCGGAGCGGUGCUUGCGCCGUCCACCACCAACAAGAUCUACACCAUCCCCGGCGACGCAACAGCGGUGGCUAUCGUGGACCCGGCCACCAACGCCGUGGACAUGACCACCAUCACGGGCCUCGCGACGACACAGGACAAGUGGCGCGAAGGUGUGGUGGCGCGCAACAACAAGAUCUACGCCAUCCCCAGCUGGUCCGAGAGCGUGCUUGUGAUUGACCCGGCAACAAACGCGACAGACACGACGGCACUUGCGGGGCUCACGGGCACGUUCAAGUGGCUGGGCGGCGUGCUUGCAGGCAACGGCAAGAUUUACGGCAUCCCGAGCCUUGCCGCAGGAGUGCUGAUCAUCGACCCGGAGACCAACACCACGGACACGACGACGAUGGGCGGGUUUGAAACCACCGGCAAGUGGGCGGGCGGGGUGCUUGCAGGCAAUGGCAAGAUAUACGGCAUCCCUGUGCAGAUCAGCAAGGUGCUGAUCAUCGACCCCGACACGGACACGUACGACGUGACGAGCAUCUCCGACUUGCCCAGCGGUGGCGGUGCGUGGUUGGGCGGCGUGCUUGCAGGCAACGGCAAAAUCUAUGGCAUCCCGUACAGCUCCACAUCCGUGCUCAUCAUUGACCCUGACACCGACACGGCCGACACCACCAGCAUCUCGGGCUUGCCCGACGAAGGCGGCAAGUGGCGUGGCGGUGUGCUUGCAGGCAACGGCAAGAUUUAUGGUACGCCGUUUUAUUCCGCCUCUGCGCUCAUCAUUGAUCCCAUCUGUGGCUGA